GCGUUAUUCGCGACCACCAUGUUCCAAAAAGGUGGUGUACGUGGAAGAGCCGUUAAACAAGCUUGAGUCCAACAUCGAGCAGCAGAGUGUUUCACCCGAAGAUCUCUCUACAAUUCUGGAACAACUUCGAUCUUAUACGGCGGAAAAUGCCAGUGUCGAUCUGAGCCCUCUCAGCACAAACGUGCCACUAUGGCUUCGAUGGCCCAUCAAGGAGUGCAAAGCAUCUCGCCUUGCGGUGUCUCUGUAACGUGAGAUUAUGCUCAGAUUCAGUGCGCGAUACAUUUACGGAUGCUGUUCUUCCCAAAAAGAGCAUUACAAUUGAUGAAGAGCAAUUACCCUAAGGAUGAAUCCCUCGUGGCGAGACUUCUCACCCACAUCAUGCUCAGAAUUGACAACCCCGAUGUUGAUAUGGAUCUGGUUGGCGAUAUCCUGAAUGCUAAAAUAUCACAUUAUGCGAGAGAGAUUGCCGACGCGCCUACUCGGUCUCUGCCAGCAACGCGCAUGGACACUUGUAACGAAAGCCUCAUACUAUUGAGCACCAUAACAGCCUCCCAUAACCAGCAAGCUUUAUCUGUCUUUGCAUGUCUGCCAGCCAUACUACAAAUGUUUAACGUUAUAGAGAUACCUUCACCACCCUUGCGUUUCCCGGUAUUGGCCCUCGUAAGCACCCUGGUUUUCCUUGUACAUCCGGAUACAUCCAAGACUCUAUUUCCGCAUUCCGCCAACCAAGGCAUCGUGGAUCGACUGGUACAUGUACUCGACCUCGCAGUUCAAUCCUAUACCAACGACGAGCUAGACUAUCACGGACCGCCACUUAUCAGACUUCUCAAAGUUGCGCAGAUCGUACCCCUACAUGCUAGAGCACAUCUGCAAAACCUCCUUCUACCAACAGACCAAGAUCGCGAAGACAUACUUGGUACAGGUGACUCGUUAUCAGUGAGUGAGCUGAGGCUUUCCGUAUCGAUAGCGGCAGAUCGGUUAAGGGUGCUGAUUCCUGCUCUGUUGUUUGAGUUGUCCGAUAAUGACCCACAAUUGCUCAUGCAAAAUGUUGGAUAUGGGUAUGUGUCUGGUUUCUUGCAGGUUCUCGGUGUGCCGCUCACGUCGAGCGCAUAA